AUGACGAGCAACCUGCUCGCCGCGCUGAAGAGCAACCAGGGCAAGACUAGCCCUCCCUUGGUGGCCCCGCUCAUCGAGGCGGCGAAGGCAGGCUCAGUGUCCUUGUGCGCCAAAGCACUGGAAGAGCCCAAGGUCAAGGUUGACCAGAAAGACCCCGAGGGCAUCAGCGCCCUGAUGCAUGCAGCACAGGGCGGGAACCUCCAGGUCGUGAGCUUCUUGGUGGAGAAGGGCGCGAGGAUUGCUGCCAAGGACGACACGGGGGAGACGGCGCUGAUGAAGGCCUGCAAGGACGGGCACGUGGACAUAGUGCAGUAUCUAAUGAAUGCGCAGGUGAUGCAGCGGAGGAAGAUCGCCGGGCCCCUGACCCUGAUAGGCGACGUCGAGAUGACCAUCGCCAACGAGAAGCGCCGCGUGCUGGACAUGAAGGACGACGAGGGCGUCAAUGCUCUGAUGAAGGCGGCCGAGCAGGGCGAGUCGGACGUCGUCAGGCUGCUGCUCGACGAGGGCGCGUCCCCUGACGCGAAGGACGACGAGGGCUGGAACGUGCUCAUGUGGGCCGCGCUCCAGGGCCACGAGGACAUCUGCGAGAUGCUCGUGAGGGAGCCGGAGUACGAGCUCGCGGCGGACUUCUGCACCGAGAAGGGCGAGACUGCGCUGAUGAAGGCGGCGGCCAACGGCCACUGGGGCGUGUGCCAGCUCCUCCUCGAGGAGGGGGCCGGCGUGAACCAGGUGGACUGCGAGAGCCAGUCCGCGCUGAUGUGGGCGGCCGCGGAGGGCCACCGGCAGGCGGUGAAGGGGCUCCUGGAGACGAGGGACGCCAAGGUCGACCUAGUGUCCAGGACGGGGAAGACGGCCCUCCUCCUCGCCGCCCAGUUUGGCCGCGAGGAGAUCUGCAAGCUGCUCAUGCAGGGGAGGCGCCGCUGCGGUGUCGAGACCGCCCAGGACGCCGAGGGCACCACCGCCCUCUUCGGGGCCGUGCAGGCUGGCAGCCACGCCCUCCUCGAGGCGCUCAUCGAGCAGAGGUGCGACGUCGAGCUCCACACGCAUCGCGGCGGCGCCGCCCUCGAGCAGCUCCAGUGCGUGGAGGUGCUGCUCGCCGCCGGCGCGAAGGUCCACCAGCAGGACGAGAACGGUCAGACGGCCCUCGACCACGCUGAGGGCACGCUGAACAGCAGCAUCGUCGACGUGCUCAGGCAGGCGAGCGGCGCGCAGCCGGAGUCCCCUCGCUAG